GACUGGGGCUCCCGGCCUCCCUGCUCUGGUGCUAUGACCAGAGGGCCAUCGAUUGCUUCUGGGCAUGCCUCCUGACCCUGACCACAGGCCCGCAGCUACUCCUCCACCAGCCGACUGAAGGGUGCCCCCUCAGAUCCUUCCAGAAACGCGCGGUUGGUGAGGCCUUGCAGGAAGGAGAAAGUUGAGGGCUCAGGUUCCGCUGGCAGUUGGGGUGUGAACUCACAGGGUUCUGGUGAGGGAAGGAAGGUUCCAGGAGGACCCCCUGCCGAGCGGCUCCUCUGCCACCUUGGUAUUGUCUUGGAAGGAGAUAAGAUGUGAGUGCAUGAGCCCACCUCUUCACACCCCACAUGCUCCUCCAGGGCCUUCCAGCCCCUGACUUCCCUGCCUCCAUCCGCGAACCUCCCACCCCGCCCCACCCCCAUGCCCCAAGUGCCCUGGUGUCCAGCUUUGGGCAGCCAUGGGGCGCUAGGCCCAAGGCCUCGGCAGUAGUCAGAGCUUCAGGUGGGGGCUGCUGGUGAAGCCGUAUCAGGCAGGGGCCUGGACUUCUCGGAACCUGAGCUUCCUGCUGGGGGGCAACGAGAGCUGAGCCUCCCUGGGCCGGGCUGUGUGACAGCAGGAUGAGCCAAGAGCUGGCUGGUAGCAAUCCCUCGUUGGGGGCCUCGCUCCCCUCCCAGCUGAGCACCAUCACCCUGGAGGACCUGGGGCUCCUAGAGGAGGGGCUAGACAGCCCUGAGGCCCUGAGUCUGGAGGAGAUCUCAGGCAGGUGUGAGCCCAGCUGCCAGACAUCCACCAUCUCUGUCCCAGAGCAGGACACCCCCGAGCGCUGGAAGCAGCUAGAACAGUGGGUGGCUGACCUGCAGGCCGAGGUGGUGUCCCUGCGGGGACACAAGGACCGCUGUGAGCACUCCAUGCUGAGGCUGCUGCGGGAGCUGCUCCAGGUGCGCGCCUGCGUGCAGCUGCAAGAUUCAGAGCUGAAGAGGCUGCAGCAGGAGGGGCUGCAAGUGGCUCGGGGCCCUGAGGAGGCCUGCGAGCUCCCCAGCCUCCAGAACCAGAUGCAGGCCCUGGACAAGAGGCUGGUGGAGGUCCGGGAGGCCCUGACCCAGAUCAGGAGGAAGCAGGCGCUCCAAGACUCCGAGCGGAAGGGCGCCAAGCAGGAGGCCAGCCUCAGGUUGGCCAAGCUGACUGGGAAGCUGGAGCAGGAGGAACAGGAUCGGGAGGCAGCCUGUGGUGCCCUGCAGAAGAGCCAGGAGGAAGCUAGCCAGAGGGUGGACCACGAGGUGGCCAGGAUGCAGGCCCAGGUGACCAAGCUCGGAGAGGAGAUGAGUCUCCGCUUCCUCAGGAGGGAGGCCAAGCUGUGCGGCUUCCUGCAGAAGAGCUUCCUGGCCCUCGAGAAGAGAAUGAAGACCUCGGAGAGCGCUAGGCUGAAGGCGGAGAGCGGCCUGCGGGAGGAGCUGGAGAGCAGGUGGCAGAAGCUCCAGGAGCUGGACGAGGAGCGAGUCCAGGCCCUGUGGGGGCAGCGCAAGCAGGAAGAAUGCCACCUCCUGGAGCAGUGCCAGGGCCUGGACAAGGCCGUGGUCCAGCUGACCAAGUUCGUGCAGCAGAAUCAGGUGUCGCUGAACCAAGUCCUGCUGGCUGAGCAGAAGGCCCGGGACGCCAAGGGGCACUUGGAGGAAAGCCAGGCUGAGGAACUGGCCGCCUACCUGCAGGAGAACCUGGAGGCCAUGCAGCUGGCCGGCGAGCUGGCCCAGCAGGAGACACACAGCGUGCUGGAGCUGCUCCAAGAGAAGAGCCAGGCCCUGGAGGUGUCCGUGGCUGAGCUCGCCAGGCAGGUGAAGGACCUGAGUGACCAUUUCCUGGCCCUGAGCUGGAGGCUGGACUUGCAGGAGCAGACGCUGAGCCUGAGGCUGCGCGAGGCAAAGAGUGAGUGGGAAGGCGCAGAGCGGAAAUCCAUGGAGGGCCUGGCCCGGUGCCGGGAGGAGGCCGAAGCACACCUGAGGGACGUGCGGGAGAAAGUGGACAGCCUGCCCCGGCAGAUAGAGGCUGUCUCCGACAAGUGCGUCCUCCACAGGAGUGACUCAGACCUCAAGAUCUCUGCCGAGGCCAAAACCAGAGAGUUCGAGCUCGGGGCCAUGCGGCAGGAGCUGGCUGCUGUGCUGUCGUCCAUGCAGCUUCUCAGGGAGGGCAACCCUGGGCGGAAGAUCGCCGAGAUCCAGGGCAAGCUGACUACGUUUCAGAACCAAAUAAUGAAAUUGGAAAACAGCAUCCGGGACAACAAGGCCGUCCAGAACCUCAGGUUUAAUACAGAAACCAAGCUGCGCACGGAGGAGAUGGCCACCCUGCGGGAGAGCAUGAUGCGCCUGUGGAGUGAGGAGGGCCCGUGGGCCCUGACGCCGGGCAGCAGGAGGGUCCUCGUGUCGCUGGUGAGCCACCGGUUCUUCAUCAAGGACGUGGCCGCCAGCGAGGUGGCCCCCGUGAACCGCUGGGGUGUGUAUCAGGCCGUGAGGUGGCUGAGGUGGAAGUCGGUCCUCCUGAGCCUGGUGGCCCAGCGGAGGCCAAGAGCGGUCUUGGAGAAGUCCCUCAGCUGGGAGCCUGCCCAACAGCUCACGUCCUUGCCCCUCUCCCAGAAAUAAAUGUGCCAGCUCCUGCUCCUG